GUUUUCACCGGCAAGGAUCCAUCCCGAGCCCUCGCCAUAUCCAGCUUGAAGCCCGAGGAUUGCGUACCAGAAUGGCAUGAUCUGGAGGACGUGUACAAGACAGUCCUGAGCGAAUGGUAUGCAUUCCUUAGCAAGAGAUAUAAUAUUGUCGGCAAAGUACGUAUAUCUUCAUCAGACAGUGCAAAUUCAGCAUCCAAA